GCCGGCGCCUGGGAUCGAACCCAGGAACACAGGAUCACAAGUCCAGUGUGCUGUCCACUCAGCCGACCGGCUCCCUGAUAGAUAUAUAUCUAUAGAAGUGAUACACUGACAUUGUAAAAUCUUGAACAAACUUGAACAAGACCGGAUAGAUAUAUAUCUAUAGAAGAGAUACACUGACAUUGUAAAAUCUUGAACAAACUUGCCACAGUGUUUGUUUUACAUAUUUACAAAGUUUUACAUGCACUAAAUCUCCUGUUGGGAACUACAUGUUGAGGAGUACAUAUGUACUAUAUAUAUGUUUUACACUUGAUAACUCACAGGACAUAUUGUAUAGUAUAUUCUAAGUCUAGCAUAUUUUAUAAUAUAAUAAGCACAAUAUUUUACUAUUUACGAAUCAACCAUACCAUCAAUUUACAAAUCAGAUUUUCCAUUCUCGUAUGUCUUGACAAUUCAGUUGCUUUAUAUUUCUACCAAAUUGGAUUUUUCUCUGUAGCUUAUUUGAUAUUCUGGGCUAUCUGUUGACAACAGAGGUACCACUAUAACCCGGUUGCAAUGUUGCAAACUUAUGUUACAAUAUUUGACAUUCCGAGCUAUCUGUUGACAACAGAGGUACCACUGUAACCUGAUUGUCUCUGCUAACUACAAUGUUGUAACUUGUGUUAUUUACAGAUACCACAAUCCAAGUGUUUGGCAUCUUUUAACAUUUCCUUUAAUAAUACACAAUAACGGCAUUUUAAAAAACCAUAUCAUGAAUAUGUGUUACUUAGAAUUUUCUGUAAUAUUUAUAAAGCAUACAAGAAUUUAUUCAUAAUAAUAAUAAUAAUAAUAAUAAUAAUAAUAAUAAUAAUAAUCAUUGUCUACAAGACUUCAGUAAUCAAAUGUAGUAAAUUUCUUUAGAUAAUAAUAUUUAAGUUCUUGGAUCAACUAACUUUAAAGAUUUUUAAAUUGAAGUAAACUACAAAUGUUUCUUCAAAAGAAAAAUCUAAUCAGUGUUGAAUGUUCAAAAAUAUUAUAUUAAAACGUCUCAUAUAAUAGCCUACAAAAAAUAUACAAAGAAAAAAAUCUGUGUUAAAUAUUCAUUGUUUAAAACUAUGUUCAGAAAUACUCCAAAGCUAAAUAUGAGUGCCCAUUCAGGAGAGAAACUGUAUCACUGUUCAGAGUGUCUAAAAGACUUCUCAAAAAUAUCAGCUCUAAAAUCACACAUGAGGAUUCAUACAGGAGAGAAACCAUAUCACUGUUCAGAGUGUCUAAAAGAUUUUUCACAAAAAUCACAUCUAAUAUCUCACAUGAAGAUUCAUACAGGAGAGAAACCAUAUCACUGUUCAGAGUGUCUAAAAGAUUUUUCACAAAAAUCAAGUCUUGAUAGACACAUUAGGAUUCAUACAGGAGAGAAACCAUAUCACUGUUCAGAGUGUCUAAAAGAUUUUUCACAAAAAUCGAGUCUUGAUAGACACAUUAAAAUUCAUACUGGAGAGAAACCAUAUCACUGUUCAGAGUGCCAUAAAGAUUUUUCAGAAAAAUCAAAAAUAAUAUAUCACAUGAAGAUUCAUACAGGAGAGAAACCAUAUCACUGUUCAGAGUGUCUUAAAAAAUUUUCAGAAAAAUCAAAUCUAAUAUAUCACAUGAAGAUUCAUACAGGAGAGAAACCAUAUCACUGUUCAGAGUGUCUUAAAGAUUUUUCACGAAAAUCAGAUCUUAAAAUACACAUGAGGAUUCAUACUCGAGAGAAACCAUAUCACUGUUCAGAGUGUCUUAAAAAUUUUUCCCGAAAAUCAGAUCAUCAAAAACACAUGAGGAUUCAUACUGGAGAGAAACCAUAUCACUGUUCAGAGUGUCUUAAAGAUUUUUCACAAAAAUCAAGUCUAAAAAUACACAUGAGAAUUCAUACAGAAGAGAAACCAUAUCACUGUUCAGAGUGUCUCAAAGAUUUUUCAACAAAAUCAAAUCUAAAAAUACACAUGAGGAUUCAUACAGGAGAAAAACCAUAUCACUGUUCAGUGUGUCUUAAAGAUUUUUCACAAAAAUCAAGUUUAAAAAUACACAUGAGGAUUCAUACAGGAGAGAAGCCAUAUCACUGUUGAGUGUGUCAACAGGUAAAAGUCUGGAUGUCAAUUAAGUUUAGUAAGACACAUGAAGCUUUUUGUAGAAAAACAAUAGCAUUACCUUUUUAUUGUGACUUUACACAAUUUAAAUGUAGUUAUUCUUAAUAGUUGCAAAGUACAGAAGUAACAGAACCCAUUCAGUGACAACGGUUUUAGAGUCAAGACAUUUUCCACCACCCUAGAAAGACCGAGUUCUGGGAUGAUUUUUGUUGCUCUGUGGAACUUUGUCCAAAGCAUAUAUGUCUUUCUUAAGCUUAGGUUUUCUUUCCUGGAUACAACUCUCCAAAUGGUGGUGCACCAGAAACUUGUACAUUUAAAUAACUACAGUGGAAUCUCGGUUUUCAAAUUUUUUAGUUCUCGAGCUCAAUUUCUUCGAAAAGUUUCGACUCGGUGCUCGAAGUUUGCCUCGGUGCUUUAGUUUGUUGAUAUACGUAUGGGCGAACCGAGCACAUAGCGCACUUCAGUUUACCAGUACCUCCCAACUAGUGAUGACCGUGCUUUAAUUCUUUGUGAACAAUUUCAUUGUUU